GCAGCCAGUGAAACCUUGUCUCAAAACCCCACAAACUCCUAGAGGGCUCAGGAACACCACAGCCCAGCCCAGCCUCCGCGGUGGAGGGAUCAGCAGGACCAGGGCAAGCAGGUGAAGGAGGCAGGUGCACACCAGUCAGGUGCACAGCAAGUGUGACUGCCCGCAGCAACCGAAGGUCGGGGCUCCUGGGGGCUGCUGGGCGCACACUUCCGCUUUCCCGCGGGCUUGUCUGGCGCGCAUCAUUGAUUGAGUGGCGGCUCCUAGAUUUGCCGGAAGCGGUUUCGGUCGCUGGCGUAUUUCCGCUAGAGAGUUGAAGUCAGGGCGGCGCGCAGCCGAACUGAGGACUGAAGCUGCAGGAGCUGGGCGAUCGUCCGGUGCCCGCCUGGCGUGCAGCUCUGGGUCACCCUGCUCCGCGCCACCGCGCUUGCGCUGAAGCCGACUGGACACCCCCCCCCACACACACACCCCGAGCCCCCUGCGGCCUUCAGAUGCACCCACAUCUCGCUGCCGCUGCUCCCCGGGAGGCUGGACGCGAGCGCUGCUUCCGACCGGACAGCGCUCCUCCCGGGCGGGCUCACCGUGAGGACCCUCCGUUGCAGGCAGUUCUGGAGCCAUUUGUGUGUCAGAUGCCAGUGACCUUCAGAGAUGUGGCUGUGUACUUCUGCAGGGAAGAGUGGGAGUGUCUCAACCCCAGCCAGAGGACCCUCUACCGGGAUGUGAUGCUUGAAAACUUCAGGAACUUCAUCGAGCUGGGAUACCGUGGCCCCAGACCAGACCUUAUUUGUCACCUGGAUCAGUGGGAUGAACCAUGGGUUGAAGAUUGGAACAGACCUGAGUUUCUAGAAGCACGAAAAGGUGUCUGCCCAGGAGGCAGAAAGUCCACAGAUCGUAAGAGACCCCGUGUUCUGGCUUCAGUUCACGAGAGGGCCCAUCCACGGAUGGGAGCCAAGAUGGGGGCUCCCUUGAUGAAGAGUGUCCUGACACUGGGUAAGGUGCGCCUCCCCAGAGCCAGCUCUGGGAAGAGAGUGGACACACAGGAAGCUUUCCAGGACCGGAUGUGUGGAAAAACCUGCAGGAAGCAGCCAGGCCUCAAGGAGCAGUGCAGGAGUGGUGCGGAGGGACACCCCUUCAUCUGCGGCACGUGUGGCAAGGCACUGAGCUGCCACAGCCGCCUGGCUGCUCACCAGACAGUGCACACCGGGACCAGGUCCUUCGAGUGCUGUGAGUGUGGCCAGACGUUCCGCUGGGUGUCGAACCUCCUGCGCCACCAGAGAAAUCACACAAGUGAAAAGCCCUUCUGCUGUGAGGUCUGUGGGCAGGCUUUCAGCCUGAAGGACCGCCUGGCACAGCACCGUAAAAUCCACACCGAGCACCGUCCCUAUGUGUGCGGUGACUGUGGGAAGGCCUUCAAACAGAAGUCCAACCUUCUCCGUCACAGACUCGUUCACACUGGAGAGAGGCCCUUCUACUGUGACGGCUGUGGGAAGGCCUUUCGGACUAAAGAGAACCUCAGCCACCACCAGCGGAUUCACAGUGGAGAGAAGCCCUACACCUGUGGCGAGUGUGGGAAGGCCUUCAGGUGGCCCAAGGGCUUCAGCAUCCACCAGAGGCUGCACCUGACAAAGAGAUCCUACCAGUGUGAACACUGUGGGAAGGGCUUCCGGCACCUGGGCUUCUUCACGCGGCAUCAGAGGACUCACGGGCGUGGGGAGGUAUGAAGGCCGCUGUAGGCAGCUUGUCCUUCCCUGUUCUGGGCCUUGUGGGAACCUCAAGCCUAAAGGCCCUGUGGUCCCCGAGUCUCUGAGGAAGUUCUGCCAGGAAAUGGACACAGGGGAGGGGGCAUCGAGCAUGCAGGCAGAGCCGGCCACAGCUCUGGCUGUGUCCGCUGAGGAGUUUGUCCCUGUCCUGAGUGUCAGCUUGAGUGCACUUUAUUGAAUCCCUCUCUCUUCUG